AUGUACAGCAAACUUGUCCACUCAGCAUUGCUUGUCAGCUCUGCAUUCAGCAUUUUUGCUGCCGCCAACCCGGUGCUGCCUCGACAGGAUUCAUCCGCCUGGACCGAUUGGUAUGGGACUACCUCAGAAACCGGAGGUGGUUCUGGAACUGGUACUACGAACGUCGGCGGCGUUACUGGAGGAUGCAGCGGUGCAACGGUGACCAGCACCAGUGUGAUCACCACCACCCUUCCAGGUGGUGCUGGAUCAUCUUGCCCCGCAGGUUCUACAAUCACCAUUACGACGCCAGGAUCGUGCGGCGCAAGCACGCCGGUAGGCCCUACCGGAGGAAGUUCCUGCCCAAGUGCCGGCACCGUCACCGUUACUCUUCCUGGCAAUGGAGGAAGCUCUUGUCCCGCUCAGCCACCUCCGGUCACGAUCACUUCCUGUGGCACUCCUGUAGGCCCUACCGGGGGAAGCGCUUGCCCACCUGCUGGCUCUCCCACCACGAUCGUGUCUACAGUGACAUUGCCCCCUGGAAGCUGCCCUCCAAACAUACCAGGCACUUGUGUGCCGACCACUAUCACCGUGCCCGGAGGACCAUCGUCUUGCCCUCCGGUGACUCCCGUUGGCCCGACAGGAGGCUCAUCAUGCGUGGCGAGUACUAUCACUGUUCCAAACACUUGCCCAGCUGUCUCAACCAUUACAGUAACAGCCGGAUCAUCGUCUUGUCCUCCCAAUACUUCAGUCGGCCCCUGUGCUACCAGCACCGUGACUGAGACCAGAACAGUGCCAGGUAGUGGGUCAACGACAACUGUCGUCUCUACGUCUACGGUCUCGGGAGGCGCCUCUACCACCACGGUCGUGUCAACCGCAACGGUCGUGUCAACAGUUGCUGGGCCGGCGAACACGGUUACGGAGACACGCACAGUUCCGGGAUCGGCAGUCACGGCAACAGUUACUUCCACUUCGACAGUUGUGUCUCCUGGACCGGCGCAAACUAUCACAGAGACCAGAACGAUUCAAGGUCCGGGAUCGACAACCACGUCCACAGUCACACAAAAUGGACCAGGUAGCACCGUGACCAUUACUUCGACAUCGACUCAGGUCGGACCGGCCCAAACAGUCACAUUGCCAGGGAAUACCGCCACCUCGACCAGAACCAUCACCAUCACGAGCGCUCAACCUGGCCCGGCCCAGACCGUCACCUCGGUUGUGACUACACAAGGUCCAUGCGGAACCAGCACCGUCACUGUGGGUGGCGGCGGAGGCACUUCGACUGUGACUCGCGUGGUAACAUCGACAGUUGGUGGCUCGGGCUCGGGCGCCACAACGACCGUGGUUGAGACGGUAUCAUGUGGUUCAACCGCCUGGGGUGACUGGUCCUCUGCCACUCCGUCUGCUACAGCUGGCGGAAAGAGACGUGGAUGGAGACUCUCCUAA